AUGAUGGGUAUUGCGAAGCUUGGAAUGAAAAUGGCGGCUAAUGAUGUUGUCGCGAAUCAUGAAAACGAAACGAGAGAUAAAAGGAGCAGCGAUGGUUCCGUCAAAGUUAUUUGCUUAGGAGACAGUGCUGUAGGGAAGUCAAAAUUGGUUGAGAGAUUUCUCAUGGAUGGAUAUAAACCACAGCAGCUUUCUACAUAUGCUCUGACCCUUUUUCAGUACAAGACAAGGGUUGAUGGAACUGAUGUUCGAGUUGAUUUCUGGGAUACAGCAGGACAAGAGAGAUUCAGUAGUAUGCACCCAUCAUAUUAUCAUCAAGCACAUUCUUGUCUACUAGUAUUUGAUAUUACAAGAAAAGUGACUUACAAAAAUCUUGCAAAAUGGUACAAAGAACUUAGGGAAUACAGAGAGAAUAUUCCUUGUAUAGUUAUAGCAAACAAAAUAGAUGUUGACUACACUAUGACACAGAAAAGUUUCAAUUUCCCCAAAAAGCAUGGUCUUCCUUUCUAUUUUGUGUCUGCAUCUGAUGGAACAAAUGUGGUUAAGGCCUUUCGAGAAGCAAUAAAGCUGGCAGUGAAAUAUAAAGAAAACUCAACAGAUUUUAUGGAUGAAGUUUUACGCGAACUUGAGAACUUUGAUGACAUGAAUCUUAAUCAAGAUGGUUAUGAUUCUUCAGAUAAAAAAAGCAGUGAAGAUGAGGAAAAGACAUGAUACCCACUGCUUUAAGGCUGGCUCCUGUGGUUCAUGCACACUGCUGUUUAAGUCAGUGGAAAGAAUAUUUCAACACAGAGUAAUUUAUUCUCCUUAUUAGAGUUUUUAAUUAUUAGUUAUUAAUAUUUAAAAGAUUUACAUUGUAAUAAAUGUAUUGACUGUUACAACUAUCAUACAGUCUGGGUGAUGCUAUGUCACUUUGCAAAUUUUCUCUGCUGGCUGAAGAGUAAUAUAACAUGACUGCAAGAAAACUGAAAUAGUCUAAGAAUUAUUUUGAUUCCAUCCUGAUGUCAUGGCAAAAGGCUUCAUGGUUUAACUUUACUAGAUCUGAGCCCAGAAAAAAUAAUCAUGAUUAUUUUUAUUGUACAGUGUAUAUGACCAAGAAUUCAUUUGUUGUAAAUCAAUAGCCAUGUUCAGCUAUAAUAUCAUAUGUACUUACCUACCGAAAAUUAUAUCUGAGAUGGGUUCUUUGUGGUAUUAUCUUCCUAAAUUUUGCUUGUUCUCAUCAGACUGAGACGCCUCUCUGUUAUUUUCAUGAUCUUAAUUAUGGUUUAGCAUUAUUAAUGGUUUAAAGCAUUAACUCGUCAUUUAAUUAUUAACAGCACGCCCAGCAGGGCCCGAACUCGCACAUAAAACUAUUGUUUUCCUUUAAAAAGUAAUUUCGUAGACCGUUUAGACUUGUCAUAGAAUUGAUUAGAGAGAGAAUGCGUUGCGUGAUCAGACUAGACCAAUGCGAAGGUGGCUACCUAUGGCAUUUUGUGGUAACACUUUUCGUAGGCCAGUCUGUGCAAUGUAAAUGUAAGCUAAUGUAAAUUGUAAAUUUAUCGGAAAUUGGUAUGAAGAAAACCAUCUGCGUUAGUACAAAACUCAAUGCUCGUGAGUAAAAGCGUAUCGGUUAAAACUUAUCUCUGUAACUAUGUCGUAAAAAUGCAGCUAUUAUUGGAUCAGUUACAGAGAAGCCAAAUGUAGUAUGAUUGUAACUAUCAUUACAGGAUGAGCUAGGCA